GGAGUAUAGCAGUGGGAGUCAUUUCCCCAUCCCAAAAAUAUUUAAAUAAAUACGAUUUGGAAUCGAUAGCUGACACCGUGGGACAACUGUCAACCUCAUCGAUACAGUUUGUGACAAUCGGUUGUUUUUAUUUCGUGGGUAAUCGCGGAAGCAGCGGAUACUGUGCGGUUGUCUGAGUGCAUGAGGUGGAUGGUGCGCUGGGGCGAACCCAAAAUAUUUUAGCAGUGCUAUGUUAGCUUGCUAGUUUAGCUAGCUUAGCUAGUCCUGACAGGCACCAGAUUCACAGGCCUGCGGAUGGGAUGCGUAUAUUGCAAUGAAAGACGGGACUAAAAGCGAAAGAUGUGGACCUUUUCAAACUGAUUAAAGUUCGUUAUUAUAUCCGUAUACUUUUUUGACAGCUGGCAAACGCCGUGGCGCUCCUGGAUCGCGUGUUGCUGCAUUCACUGCCAUUCUCUGUCGCCCCCCGGCCCGUGCCAGUGGAGCACUCCGAGCGGGCAGACUGGCACACGGCGCGGCGGUCACCUCCGCACAGAGACAGCUAUCGCCGCGGUUUGAUCUUGCAUCCUGGUCAAAACGCAACUCACGGGAGAUACAAUUUGUAGCUAGUAUCAGCUAGCUAUCACUUAAGAGACCCUGUGGUGGUGUGCGUAGCGCACCAUGGCCCAGACCCUUCAGAUGGCGAUUCCUAACUUUGGCAACAACGUCCUGGAGUGUCUGAACGAGCAGCGUCUCCAGGGGCUCUACUGUGAUGUCUCCGUGGUCGUCAAGGGACACGCCUUCAAGGCUCACCGUGCCGUGCUUGCGGCUAGCAGCUCUUACUUCCGGGACCUGUUCAGCACUGGGGGAGGCAGCGGCUCCAAGACCCCCACAGUGGUGGAGCUCCCCCCGGCCGUCCAGCCCCAAAGCUUCCAGCAGAUCCUGGCCUUCUGCUACACAGGCCGCCUCAGCAUGACAGUGGGAGACCAGUUCCUCCUCAUGUACACCGCAGGCUUCCUGCAGAUCCAGCAGAUCAUGGAGAAGGGCACAGAGUUCUUCCUCAAGGUUUCCUCGCCCAGCUGUGACUCCCAGGGCCUGCAGGCCGAGGAGGCUCCGACCUCCGAACCCCAGAGCCCCGUCACUCAAACCGUUGCCGCGGGGACUGGCAGUCGCCCCGCCUCCUGCCUUACCCCCCUCCCCCUCGUGUCGCGGGUGAAGACAGAGCAGCAGGGCAACCAAUCAGAAGCCUCGCCCUAUUCAGUGGUGUGCACCCCUGUGGCCAAGCGCUUGUGGGAGGGCAGCAGCAGCCGAGACGGGGGUGGAGGGGGCUCAGGUGGAGGUGGGUCCAGGAAGGCCGCCCGCUUUUCCCAGGAGUCCGUGCGAGGGAGUGCCAUCCAGAGCGGGGCGGGGAUAGGAUCAGGGGUCGGGGGUCACGGCAGCGGGUCCAACGGGAGUGUGGUCUCCAUGGGCAACGUGGCAUCGGAGGGCGCCAGCCCGGGCACGAUGAGCGCCUACACCAGUGACUCGCCUAUCAGUUACCAUGACGAGGAGGAAGAGGAGGAGGUGACGGAGGAGCAGACGGAGGAGCAGUACAGGCAGAUCUGUAACAUGUAUACCAUGUACAGCAUGCUCAACGUGGGCGCCGCAGCUGGUGAGCGUGUGGAGGCCCUGCCAGACCACUCAGAGACCCGGGGUCGUAUGCGGGGUCGCCAGGACCUGUCGUCUCUCCCCGCUGAGCUCAUCACACAGAUAGGCAACCGCUGCCACCCCAAACUAUACGAGGAGGGGGACCCCGCAGAGAAACUUGAGCUUGUCUCAGGUACAUGUGUGUUCAUAUCUCGAGCCCAGCUGAUGAACUGUCAUGUGAGUGCAGGGACCAGACACAAGGUGUUGCUCAGGAGGCUGCUGGCUGCCUUCUUCGACAGGAAUACUCUGGCUAACAGCUGUGGAACAGGAAUCCGCUCCUCCACUAACGACCCCAGCCGCAAGCCCCUGGACAACAGAGUCUUGCACGCAGUCAAAUUCUACAGCCAGAACUUUGCCACGAGCUUCAAGGAGAGCGAGAUGAACGCCAUCGCGGCGGACAUGUGCACCAACGCCCGCCGCGUCGUCCGCAAGAGCUGGAUCCCCAAGCUGAAGCUGCUCAUGGCCGAGGGCGACGCGUACUCCGCUUUCCUCCCUGACGCCAAGAUGGAGGCUGACGCCCUAGGGGCGGAGCCAGGCUUUGAACCCAACUCCCUGGAGGGCGCCGAGACAGGCGGCUCGUCCGGCGAGUCGCUGCAGGGGGUGGGCAGCGACGGAGGCACUUUGUUUUAGAUGGGGAGGUGGAGUACAGAAGUGUUUAGAAGACGAUGAUGAUGAAUACCUAUAUUUCCCUGUACUCCCCUCUUUCUUCUCCUCUGGUGGUGUGGCCCAUCCCCCUGACCCUUUGGCCUUUUGAUCCUCCGAUAUGUGACUCUGAAACGUUGCUAGGGGAAACAGGGGUUGUUACCAGGAUGUUAACCAGGAAGUUAUGCUUUAAUUUUGAAAGCGAAAGUCCAAGCAAUCGUAACUUCUAAUAUGGUUUCUGCUGUAUAUUAGUAUGGGGGAAGAGAAAGGGUGAUGGGUUUGUGGGGUUGCAGUAUUUUUAUUUAUUUACAUUUUUAGUUUUUUUAACCAAAUUCCUGCCUCUCCAUAUCAAAACACAUUCCCCUGGUUUUGAAUGUAGAUGUCAGCAGCAUUGCACAAUUUCAGUCUGAACGAUUGUAUCCCAACCUCUUGAGGAAAAACAAACCGACAGAAAGAUAACUACUCUAUGGAUAUGAGAGAGACUGUAGUUUCUCUCUAGAAUGAGAGAAAAGGGGAGAGAGGGAGCGAUAGAAAGACCCCUACCCCACCAGUCCUCCAACCCCACACCCCUCUGUGACCAGAACAAAAGGAUUAUGCCCUCGGUUUUAAUGUACUGUCUCUCUUGUAGCUGUUAUGAUCACAGCUCCUUUCUCUGUUUGUAACAUGGAUCCAGAGAUGAGGACUACAGGUUGUACCAUAAUUGUAAAGAAAUCCAAGGGGAACAGAAAAAGACGGUCAUAUUUUUUUGAAUAUGUAUUUAUACAACCGUGGGUGUGUACAGAGAGAAAGAGAGGGAUUGGUUUUAAAUCUCUGUUGUUUUAUUGUAUUUUGAACAGCUGUUUUUGCAAAGAAAGUCCUGCUCCGAAAAAUAAGAUUUAAAAGCAAAUAAAUUAAAGUGCUAUUUUUGCAUAAAAAUA